GCACACACGCCCCGGGCCUCUGUACACAUGCAAACGGUUUCUUCCUCGGCCCAGUGCAGUUGGUUGGGAGAAGUGUGACGCGAUGGACCGUGGAGGCUUAUUACUACGAACUCCAUUACACGAGCAAAAGAAGGAAAGAGGAAGCUUGAGUUGACGGGUUGAACUGACAGAGCAAGUGAGGUGACUGUGUGAGGCGUUUCUCCUCCUGAAAGACUAAAGGAAGGCACUCGUUGGGGCUUAUCCAGUGCUUCGCUCACCCCCUCAGCCCCAACACCGAGGGGUCAAGAGGACAAGAAGACGAGGAAGAGGACAGGAAGGAAGAGGACAGAAAGAAGAGGAGGUCAAGAAGAAAGACAAACACGAGAAUAGAAAACAAUAGACAGCAAAAGAAGAUCAGAAAGAAGGAAAACAGGAGACACAGGACAGAAAGAAGUUGAAGAAAGAGGAGUAGAGGAAGAAGGAAAAUAAGGAAGAGGAAGACAGAAAGAGACGACAAGAAAGAAAACCGAAGGAAAUCAAGAGAAAGAAUUACAAGAAGAAGGAAAAAAAACACGAAAAGAAGACAAUAUAAAGGAAGACAGAAAGAAAGAAGAUAAGAAACAGAACACAAACUAGGGAAGAGAAAAGGAGUAAGGAAGAAAGAAGGAAGACAAGGAAGACAAAGGAAGAAAAGGAAGAAGAGAAAAAUUAGGAGGAAGAAGAGGAGAAUAAGAAGAAUAAGCAAAGUAACAGUUCAUGAUGGAGGAAGUUUGGAGCACUGAAGGGAUGGACGCAAAUAUGACGGAGAUCGAUGGAGGCGACAACAGCAGUGACGUCAUUCGCUGUGAGGAUAACUACAUCCCCACCGUGGCCGAGUACAGCAAAGCCAUGGGGGCGUACCAGACAGCCUUGCUAGCGGUGGGCGGCUGUACCACCGUCCUGCUCUACGGGAGUUUAGCAAGGCAGGUGCACCACAUACUGAGGCACGUGGACAAACGCUUCAGAGGCCACGUUCUCUGGCUCACCUCCGUCUGCCCCUUCAUGACCCUGAUGAGCGUGAUCUCCGUCAUCGUCCCACGCGCUGACACCGCCUGCACCGCCUUCAAAGUCACCUACCUGGCCCUGUGCUUGAGUCACUUCAUGGACCUGACCACGGCGAUGUUCGGGAAUGAGAAGAUAAUGCUGGAGAAGCUGAAGGACCAGAAAUUCAACCUUCACGUGGGUCCUGCUUGCUACUGCUGCUUCUGCCUGCCCUCCCCGCUGGUGACGAGGGACAAGCUGCGGUGGGUGAGAUGGUUGCUCUGGCAGAUGCCCUACACCCAGGCCGUCUCCUUCAUGGUGCAAAUCAUCUGGUCCACGGCCGUCAGCGACACACAGGGCAGGCAAGACCCAAACUUCAACAUGCUGUGGCUCAUCUCUCUCAGCUUCGUGACCAUCGUGGCGGGAAUCUACGGCCUACAGAUCAUCACCGCCCUCUGCCUGGACCACCUCAAGGACUACGGCUACCAGAGAAAAGCGUUCGCCAUCAAGAUCCUGAUAUUGGCCUCGCAACUUCAGAGCUUCACGCUGGACAUUCUCUCCCUGUUCAAGAUAUACCCCUGCAUGGGUCCUUACAUCUCCCCUCGCGUCUUCAAGCAGACUCUCGAGAACAUGCUGUACCUGCCUGAAAUGCUCGUAAUUGGACUUCUCACCUGGCGGAUCUACAUGACGUUAGAGCUUGAGUCCCAGGGCACCAAGGACCAGGGAGCACUUCCAACCACCGACCCCUCACACCCCCGAUCCUCCUUCGCCUCCGUGGAUAAAGGAUCGAGCCCUCAUAAGAUGCAGUCCCUUGAUGUACCCUCCCACCCUCGAUCCUUUUCCUCCUCCUCCUCCCCCCGGUACUCGGUUGAUAAAGGAUCGGAUUCUACUGAUAAGGGAUUGAAUGCCGCUUAUAACAGUAGGAUUCGAUUCCCUCAUGGUGACAGUUCGUCUGUUUCUAAUGCAUAUUCUCCUCGACCUUAUUCCUCCUCCCUCCAGCUGCCUCAUGAUUCUUCUUCUCUCCAUCCCUCCAGCUUUUCCUCCACUCCUCCUCCUCGUCCUCCUCGCUCUCUUCGCCCCUCCUCCUCCACCUCCGUCCCUUCCCAUUCUUCCACUUCUCCAGAUUCUUCGCAUGAUUCUAAAAACCUUCGCGUUUCUCCUGAUUCCUGUUUGUACUCUGCUUCCCCUACCACCUCAUCCUCCCUUCCUCCUUACUCUCCCUCCGGUGACGAGAAGGAGGGAGAGGAAAGAGUGGACUUGGAGGCGGGAAGGAGAGAGGGAAGGUAUGAGAGGUGAGGUGGAGGAGGAGGAGCUUAGGGAGUGAAGAAAAGGAGUAACUAUGAAAAA